AGCGAGCUCCGCUGUGCCGCACUCCCUCUCCGUAAAUUUUGAAUGCAUAGCCAUAGAAGCGAUAGAACUCUGUACUGGCCGGUGGACCCGAUCAAUAAUUCCCCUGUCUGUGCUUACAUUGGUUUUUCUCACAGUACAGUUUGUUCAGAAACCGUGCUACGUUGACGCAUGCAGAUAAGUGACUGAAUGAUCAUCUGUGGUUAGAAACGUAUACCGGCAACUGGCAGUUAUUUCAUGGAUUUGAAGUGUUUAUUGUGAGUUUCAUGAAGCUUUCUGUGAAUUAAUAGAUGAAAUUCACCGACAACAUGUCAGUGCCGCUGUGGAAAAUCGGUUUGCUGCAAAAGAGGCAAAGGAAAAAGGAGGAAGAGAAACGGAAAGAACGGGAGGCGGAAGAAGAAAGAUUGAGGAAGCUUCCGCCAUGGAAGAGGCAGGCAGAACAACCGAAAACGGUCAUAAUCAUCGACAAAAACAAGACGCCGAAUCCAGUGGAUUUGGCAGAACUAUCAAAGCAGGCGAAUCCUUCCAGUAAAUCAAGUGCUAAACAAACGCCGGGCCCGCUGGUUAAUGGUACCGCCCAUGUCCAGAAAGUUGACAGCGGUGAGUCAGCGGGAAACCGAGGGAAAGCGGGGCGAGAUGAAGCCGACAACGGGGCUGGAGCUGGAGGGGUGUCGGAGGAACAUUGUCCACCGGUGCACCAGAACGUCUUCUUGACCUUAGAAAGAAAGAAAAGGAAAGCUCCUCCACCUCCUAAAGGUAGCCAGAUAAGUGUGAUUGCCUCAAAUGUUCCUGUAGUGACAAACGAUCCGCUAAAAUCAGCAAAUUCAAGUAAAAAGACAUUGCCAUCUGAACCAACAAAUUCUGCAAAUAAUAAAAAGACAGUGACGACUGGUUCUGAAUCUGUAAAGGUAAAGCAUAUACAGCAAUCGAAAGAGUUGAAUGGACCAUCAGUAAUAGGUAACAAAACACAGAGCAGUACUACUAAACCACUAUCAAGUGAUGAUAUUAUUGAUAAGAAGAACUUGAAAGAGGAUGUGCCAAAAUCCAAGACUAAAGAUUCUGCUCCAUCGAUAAAAGUUGGUAACAUUGAACAUGUAUCUACCACAAACUCAAAGACGAAACCAUCAAGUAGUUCUGCUGCAAGCUCAUCCAAAGAGACUAUAUCUUCUCAAAUAAGUAAAAAAGAGGAACCUAAACAACCUUCUGGAUCGAUUACAGAGAUACAUAAAGUUUCAGGACGAAGGGCACAGGGUAGGAAGAAGAGUAUAUCAGAACUGAGCAGUCUAUUUGGGGGUGCAAUAACACCUAGUAAUAAUCCAAAGUCACCACCUCCAAGUCGUUCUGCUCAAUCUGGGCCCUCAGAAAAAGUGAAAUCUCAGAAAACGUCCAGUGAUACAAAACCUGCCUCGACUGCUUCUUCUCCAUCAAAACCAAGCAACUCUACAUCAUCAACCAAAACAGUUGUUUCAACAAGGGGACAGAGUGUGAAAAGGGAGGAUAGUCCGAAACCUGAUGAGAGCAAGAAAAUUGUGAAAAGUAGUACUACCAAAAGUGAGAGCAAAAGUCUUCCUGCUGCAGCCAAGUCGCCCUCGCCAUCUCGCAACAAACCUUCUCAAGAUUUACCCGCAAGUGAAAUCAUAAGUUUGACAAAUGAAGGGCCACUUAAGAAUCGAAAAGGACAAUUGGUAAGGCCUUCGUCUGUCAUUGAUGACGAGACGGAAGUGACGACGAUAUCGCUAGAGAGCCCUCGAUCACCACAGAAGAAUAGGCUGUUAAAGGCACAAGGUUUGGCAGACUCUGGGGAUGACGCUUCCAGUGCAGGCACUGCAAAAGUAAGCAAUGGGUCACCAGAGAAAAGAAAAGCACCCAGUGCACCUCAACCAGGCAAGGUCAAUGAUGGGUCAUCAAAUGAGACUAAAACAAAAGAUACAAAUAGCACUGUCAGCAAGGAGGACAUAUCUGGAAGUACCAAACCAUCAAGCACAUCCAUCAACAAGGUUGAGGAUAAGAAGGUUGAUUAUCCAAGGAACUUCAGAGAUCCUAACUAUGUUCCAAAGAAAGAGGAAGUUGCAAAGACAGAGGACACAUCAAAGAAAGAGAAAAUUCCAUACCCUGCUGAAUUCAGGAAGCCAGUUGUUGCUGAUUCAACCAGUAACAUAAGCCAGGACCCUGUAAAACCUGCACCAUCCAAAGUAUCUGUUGAGGAUAGUAAGAAAGAGCCGGUUGUCAAAACUGUAAAUGUAAGUAAGAAGUUAGAUCAGACAAGCUCUGAUGCCACUGUAAGUGCAACCGACAAAAAAGUAAGCGAGCAGAAAAAGGUUCCUGUCAAAACAAAGGAAUCACCAGUGAAACCAACAGCAGAGAGCCACAUCCCUUAUCCCGAUGACUUCCGAAAGCCAAAGCAACAACCAACGAGCAACAAAUCAAAAGACAUCAAAAAGGAUAUUGUGAAACCAUCGGAUCUGCAUUCAGAACCUCCAACUGCCCAGAAGAAGGACGACAAUGACAAUGUAACGUCGGGUAACAUAUUCGGAAAACUUCGUAAAAUAAAGAAGCCUGCACAAACAGGUAUCAGUGUCAUUCAAGUGGGAAAUGACAGUUCCAAGCCGACGGUCGAUAACUCACCGAAGGCACCGCCCUCGGGUCUCUUAAAUGUAGGAGGUGGGGGUGGCACAUCGACGGGGAAGAAGAAAAAUGUUGUGAAGAAGUUUGAGAAGGUGGAAUUCAUUGGGUACAACUCUCCCACUGGCAAAGCUUCAGCACUCAAGGCAGAAGGAAAAAGCACCAAGAAGGGAAUGAAUAUAUCCUUUUCAUCCAAGGAGGAGGAGAUGUUCGAGUACAUGUCGGAAGAUGCCAGCGCCGUCUACUACGACCAGACGCACCAAGGGGCGGAGGAGGAGGAUGGGGGCAAGAAGUCACCCCUGAAGGCUCAGGCUAAAGCCAAGGUGGAGAAUGGCAUGAAGAACGGCACAAUGGACAACAGCCACGAUGACGACGACGAUGACGAUGGUGAAGCAUCGUUGAAGAGCAAUGCACCUAUUAGAUCAUCAGGUGGUUUCCAGAACCUUGCCGCUUCCAACCUCUCGGCCAUGGACAUGCUCUUAGGGCGUGGCCCCCGCCCUUCUGAACCCAAGGAACCGCCCAAGCCUGCCCCGCCCCAAGAACAAGUCGAACCAGAGCCUGAGUAUCCCAAACCCAUGGAUGCUGACUUCUUCUCUUCGGCUGGCACGGCAGCAUUGCUCUUUUGAUGAAGGGGUGCUGAUUGUCUGCAGGAUACUGUAGGUAGUACCAGUCUGUUACCAGUCUUUUACCAGUCUGUUACCAGUCUGUUGCAGGAUUAGUUAUACUUUGUGGGUAUGGCCAGUUGUAUGGAAACGCUUUCUCUCAGUGUAUGUUUGAAGUGAUCAAGGUUAGCUUAUGUUAUGAGGUGCCUUAUGAGGUUUGGUACCAGUCUUUUGAUAAUUGUAAGCAAUUGCAAAGAAUGAUCAUUCAGCAGAACUCUACUGAAAGCUGGAUUUAAAGGUUAUUGUUCAAAGUUUUAUUCAAGGCUUUAAGCCAGUCUUUUAUGUGAUCAUGAUUUCACUUCUAUAUCUAAUAAUAACAGUUUUUAUAAAAUUGUCUGAUAGCACUUCAAAUCCAAUUUAUAUCAGAACUAGGGAUGUUAAAUAAGAAUUACAAAGAGAAUGGAUUAAAACAAGUGGCAUUUAAUUUUAAUCUUAUUGUGAAUUUUUAGCUCAAAGUAGGAAUCCAAGACUUAUGUCCUCUGUCUAAGCUUGAAAAUCUUCAUGUAGGGAUUGACUUGAUGAAGCGUACCAGUGAAGCUCCUCUCUGUGCAAAUGACCAAUGUUUUUAGAAUGAAACUGCCCCUUCCUCCUACCCAAGAAAUGUAGGAUUUAUAUUUAUUCAGUACACUACAUGUUGACCUGGUAGACCCUGGAUGACAAUGCGGUCAGUGUGUGAAAUAUUGAACAGUGCAUGAAUUAUCAACGAUAUAUAGUAUCAUGAUCCAGAAUUGCCUUCAGAGGCCCAAAAAGGCUUGAAGCCUAUGCUAUGCUCUCAGUUAAAACUCUUCAUACUCUCGAACGAUGAUAUAUUUUCAUUUUCAGGAGAUGUAUGGUAAUAUAUUUGGUUAUCAUUCAUGCCUACCCCCCCCCCUCCUUUUCAGUUGCUUUUACAGUUGAUCCUCUUGCAGUUUUCAAAACAUGUGGAUAUAAAAAAAAAAUUGUUCUCCUAGAUCUCAUCCAGAUUUUGAGAACGCAAACAAAUUGUUCUGUACCUAGUAGAAAGGCUUUAGCAAAAGAACUCCUGCUACGAUUUAAGAAUUAAGAUACUGUAAACUAAUAGCCAUUUACACAGAGUUUAGGCCCUUCUUACUCUAUGCAGGAAACAUAAUAUUGCAUAUUCCCCUGCUAUUGCCUUUCUGCCAAGCACAAAGCAAUAUAUUUCACCUCAGUUGAUAAGAUUUCAGAUAUUUUGAGAAAAGUUUAUCAACCUUAUAUAUGUACUUCCUCCUUCUAAGGCACAAGGCACCACAAACAAACAGCAUGUGACUUUUAAUUGCCCCUUCUCCGUCAUUCGAGUUGCUAAUGCGUCCACAAAGGCAAAUAUGAACACAAUAACACCCUAAAAUAUAAAGAAAAGGGAAAGAGGUAGAAAUAAGAAGA